AUGGCUGCUAUUCAGGGAGGCUGCUUGUGCGGAAACGUCCGUUAUGAAUACACUGCUGAGAUGGUGACAGGGGAUAUUGCGUUGAAAGCGUUCUGCAACUGCAAGGACUGCCAGAAAUGGGGCGGUGCUCCUGGGAUGGCGAAUGUCGUGGUUCCACGGGAGACUUUCCAGGUUACCAAAGGUGAACCCAAGACUUUUGACACUGUCGGCGGUAGUGGCAAGAUCAACAAACACUUCUUCUGUGCUGACUGUGGGUCGAGCUUGUAUUGUGAAUUGGAGGUUAUGGGGGACAAAACAGCCAUCAAAGCGGGAAGUUUGGACCAGCCGGAUGUUGGUGAAAUGCAGGUCGAGUUCUAUGUUCAAGAUCGAGUGUCGUACCAGAAGGCGCAGGAGACCGCUCAGCAGAUUCCAGCUUUUGGUUGA